AUGGUAGUCGUAGCCUUGGAAAAUGCGACAAAGCUCGAGGCAGCUGAGGUGCAAUCACUGGCCCAAGGCGCCGGUAUAUCGUUACCCGACAAGGACAUAGAUGACUGGUGCGUUCUCCUUGGCUCCUUCGAGGAUUCGGCGCAGUCUGUCUUGAAAGAAGAUGACUGCCUCCCGAUCCCGGAUCCAAAAGUGUACACCCGCACCGAUAUCUAUGUCCCAGAGGACAACAACAAAGGCGGAUGGGCGACACGGUGCACAGUCAAAAGUACCGCGCCUACCAGCGAUCGACUAGGCGGAUGUACAGUGGCCGUAAAGGAUAACACUGCAGUUGCCGGCGUUAGAUGCCUCAAUGGUCUGCCGCCCGUGGACGGAGAAUGGAUACCUGCUUAUGAUGCCACAAUCAUAACGAGGGUGCUGGAUGCCGGCGGGAUCAUCGCAGGCAAGGCGGCUUGCGAAAAUGCCUGUAUGGAAUGCCUCUCGAACACCUCAUACACCGGCGCCAUCUUGAACCCAUACUCAGACAAUCAUGGCUGUGGGGGCUCGAGUAGUGGAUCGGCACGUCUGGUGGCAGUUGGUGCUGUAGAUAUGGCUCUGGGAGGUGACCAGGGAGGGUCGAUCCGAAUUCCAUCAGCAUUUUGUGGUAUCGUUGGGCUCAAGCCAACCUUCGGCCUGGUUCCAUACACUGGUAUCCUCGGCCACCAGUCAACGUUUGACCAUGCCGGUCCAAUGACCAAGAAUGUGCGAGACAACGCGCUUCUACUUGAAGUGAUCGCCGGCCCAGACGGGAGAGACGACCGACAACCGGCGUAUCUACCUCCACAAUCUCUCCGGUUCUCUAGCGCGUUGGACGAUUUCCUUGCCUCUAAACCGAAGGACCAACUGCUGCAAGGCUUCAAAAUCGGUGUUUUGAAGGAAGGCUUUGACAGCAAGGAAAUGGAUCCGAAUAUCGCAAACGCCAACUACUCGGCCAUCGAGGAUCUCAAGGCAUUAGGCGCCGAAAUCGUCGAAGUCUCCGUUCCCAGCCACAUACGGCAUAUUACCACAUGGAUGUGCUCUCUUCCACUAAUUGGCUGCCGGCAAGGGAUUCUCGGGGACACCACAGGACGCAAGCAGCUGGAGAUGACUGACCGCGGCGUAACCGCUGCCCCUGCUAUGGGCCCCAGUGCAUCGGCGCGACUAUCACAAAAAGCCUUCGACUCCUUCGGUCCGGGCGGCCAAAGUCUAUACUUGAGGUACUUGUACGUUCAAGAAAAGUACGGCGCCAGCUUGCACGCCAAAUGCACCAACCUGCUCUACAAAGCCACACAGGAAUACGACGCGGUUCUAGCAACUGUCGACGUGCUGGUGAUGCCGACAGUGCCCAUGCCUGCAUUGUCCAUUGCCCCGUUCGCUGGUGCUCCGGUGGCUGGGCCCCUCGAAACCAUCUCAUACCCAAUAGGUAUCGUCAACAACACGGCACAAUUCGACGCCACAGGUCAUCCAGCCCUUUCGAUACCUGUAGGAUUCGUCCCGGCUGCAGAUGACCCAGCCGUCAAGUUGCCUGCCGGACUCCAGAUUGUUGGCAAGCGUUUCGAGGACUUGACGUGCUUCAAGGUGGGCGCGGCGUGGGAACAGAGCAAAGACUGGAAAACCUUGGUGUUCGAGAACUAA